AUGGUAGAGAAUGACGAAGCUCCAAAUUGUAAAGUCGAAGGUAGCAGAAUCAUUGAUGUGAAACACAUGUCGGAGCAAAUGAUUUGCACUGCGUGCAAGACACCAUUUCUAAUGCAGGAUAUCGAGCAAGAGACUAAAAGAGGAUCUAUACACACUGGAAUAGGUGAAACACAAGCAAAUAAGUUUCUUAAUAUCAUGGGCUUUUCUGGUAUAGAUUCUAAACUUUUCAAGAAGCACGAGAGGAUUAUUGGUCCAUUCAUAGAGUAUGUUGCGAAGGAAAGCUGCUUGGAGGCAGCUGAAAUGGAACGACUUUUGACAUUGGAAAAUAUAGAAGAAUUGAAAAAGCUGUUCGCAAAGGCUAUGGAAUCUGAUGAAGCAUUAGAACUUGUCACUAAAAGUUCCAUUUUAAAAGAAGCUAAUCUUCAAGUUGGAGUUUUCAUUGGUGACAAUGACAGCAGCUGCAUAUCAUCUGUCCAGAAAGCGAGUUCUCACCAGGUUGUUAAACAAUCUGAUAUGAACCAUUCUGUGAAAGGCAUCGGAAACAUACUUCAUGAAAUUUAUAAAGAGAAGGCAUCAGAUCCUGAAAAAGAAUUGACAAAUGAGGUUAUCAAGCAUGUUCAACGCUGUUUCUCAUAUGUUGUCCAGCAGAACAAGGGGGACAUUCAAAAAAUAAAAGUUGCUAUUGAGAAUAUUCCACAACAUCUGUUUGACCAUCAUGAGAAAUGUGGCAAUUGGUGUACUGGUAAUCAAGAAAAUGUAUCUGGUAUUAGACUUUCCAAUCCACAAUUGUUUGAAGCGUUAAAGAAGAUUUUUGUUCAACUGGCAAAUACCGGAGAAAAAUUUGCAAGUGCUGCGAGUAGUCAGGCGAAUGAGAGUUUAAAUAACUCUAUAUUUGCUGCUGCCAUUGCACAAAAAAAUUGUGGUAUUGAUUAUCUUAGAAGUACUAUGAUACUUGCUAGUAUACCUUGGAGUAAAAAUGUAGAUACUUAUAUUGAAAAAUGUGACAAACAAUUAUUGAAAAGAAAGGAAAAAUCUAGUCAACCACAAAAAGAAAAAGAUGAAGGAAAUACGUACCAAAGCAAUAUAACUUUAUUAGAAUCUCACACUAUUCAAAGUGUUCACGAAGAACAAUGCCUUCAUGUUUUGCCUAACGAUACCAUUUCUUAUGGAACAGAUGAUCUUUGUAUAGUAUUCUUUGAUUUAGAGACCGCUGGAUUGAAGCUUUCGCAUGAAAUUCUUCAACUAUCUAUGAAAUGUGGACAAUUUAUAUUUACUUCUUUUAUCACACCUACUCGCUCUAUAGCUCCUGCCACAACAAAAGCAAAUGGUUUGAAUACAGUACACAAAAAAUUAUUCCAACAUGGACAUGAAGUUAUUACUAGGGCUAGUAGUGUACUAUUUCAAAAAUUACUGGAGUAUUUACUAAGUCUUGGAAAAAAAUGCAUUCUUGUGGCGCACAAUUGUGCUUUUGAUUCAAGUUGUCUUAUUCUAGCUUUACAAAAGUUAUCCCUCAUUGACAAGUUCAAAGAAGUUGUUGCGGGAUUUAGUGACACGCUGAGUUUAUUUAGAAAAAACUAUCUUAAGAGACAAAGUGGAUAUAAGCUAACUACACUAGCCUCUGAAAUGAUGAGUCUUCCAUGCGAUGGUGCCCAUGAUGCUAGUUUUGACACUUCUUUAUUAGAAAAGCUUACAGUAGCUCAUCUAUUGGCAAGUUUUGGAAUAACGGAAGAGAUGAUACUCGAAACUUUUAAAACAAAAGGAAAAGAACAAACAGAAAUUUUACUGAAAGGAGUCAAUAUUGAAAAGCCACAAAUUAUAAAAACGAAGAAAAUGUUGAUCAGUAUUUUAGAUUAUCUCCAGGGACUCCAGGAGAACUUGUGA